AUCAUAAUCUCACGAUUACAGAUUCCCAUCACAUUAAGUUGCGUGCAACUUCCGAAAAUAAAAAAAAAACAAAUCUUAAAAAUUAAUAAAAUAAUUGUGUAGCCCUUUCCUUAUAAUUUCCUCGCCUUUCUCAACGAAAUAAUUAAACUCCACCACCCCCUCAGACUCUAUCCGGUUUUUAGGGCUUUUCUAACUUUUCUGAUUAUUUUUUGAUAAUCCAGAGUUCAAUCAUCUAAAAGAAGCCCUAAAAUCUUUGAAUCAGGUCUGAGCUUGUGGUUUGUUAGGCCUCUUUGAUCAAACUAAGUUUCAUGUCUGAUCUUGACGUUCAAAUUCCUACUGCCUUCGAUCCCUUUGCUGAUGCAAAUGCUGAGGACUCAGGUGCGGGUGCAAAGGAGUAUGUGCAUAUUCGUAUUCAGCAGAGGAAUGGUCGCAAAAGCCUGACAACUGUCCAGGGGUUGAAGAAAGAAUUCAGCUAUAACAAGAUACUUAAAGACCUGAAGAAGGAGUUUUGCUGCAAUGGGACCGUGGUCCAGGACCCUGAAUUAGGACAGGUGAUUCAACUUCAAGGUGACCAGCGUAAGAAUGUAUCAACCUUCCUUGUUCAGGCUGGCAUAGUGAAGAAGGAAAACAUCAAAAUCCACGGUUUCUAAGCCUGUGCUGUGGAAGCAGGAAAUACUAUCUAUCUGAUUAGGACAUAUCUAAGUUGGUUGGAUGACAAAGUAUGCAUGUUGUGUUACAUGUGCUUUCCAGUUCAGUGGAUGAUUAUGAUAUGUUUGGAAGUUUGUUUGGCUAUGUUGAUUAUAUUAGACCUUUAUAUGUGUUGAAAUA